CUUGUUUCAUUCAAGACGUGAGAAAGGGAAGAUAUGCAGCUUUCUGUCUUUGACACAAAACACAGGUUGGAAAAUAUCGCCUCUUUCCCUUUCUUCUCUACAGAAUCAGCAUCACAAUUAGAGCAUAGAUUAUCACUAUUUCCAACAUGUAACCAAUCACAUAGGAAAUCCCAAGAUUGUAACUUUGUCUCUGAAAUAAUAAAACCCCUUGAAAUCUUCUUCUGCAAAAUCGAUGAAUAUAUGUUUAACAUCGUAAUGCCCUAAUUUACAGCUCCUCUCAUCGGAAAUCUUGCAUUGAAAUCUCUGCGAAUAUCCUCAAUUAAUGGUCUGCCAAGUGAGAAUUUUCCGACUACCGUUAAUCGACGCACUUUAGCUAGCUCCUCUUCUUCCUGUGGGGAGAAGAAAUCAGCAGGCUUGCCUUUGUAGAGUUCCGAUGGGCGAUAAGGCAAUCACAGAGUUUGCCGGCUCGGACCAGUAAGAGUAUUGGCGUAUGAAGAUUUUGAGUAUCCUGAUAGGUUCGCACCGCUGACCGCUCGGAGGAUCAUUCCGAUGUUGUCCACUAGCCGCUAGCUGCCCGGCGGUGGUCGGAGCACUCAUCGAAAGAGGUUUGAGAACUUUAGUGUUGCGUGCGCGUGGGGCGCGUUCCAACGGCUACUUUUUUACUAAUUAUGGUUAUAAUUACUGGGAUAUACGCAACUGGGAAAUGAUUAGCUGCUAAUUUUGAUCAGAUAAAAUAUGAUUUUAACAUCACAUCGAUGUGAUCAAGUUGUUUAUGUUAAAAAGAUUAAUUAGAGUUGGCUUAUGUAUGUCUCUCACCACUAUAUAUACUUCUCCAUUCUCUUCCUUUUAAGUCAUCAGUUUCAACUCUCUUUCUUCCUUAGAAGAAAAAAACAUUCUGUUAAUCUAUUUCCGGCAACAAAUACUAAAAGUAAUUUAAUUAGCAAUGGCCUCAGCAGCAGUUGACAAUUACGAAGAAGAGAUCGUUCGCCCCGUGGCUGACUUCUCUCCUAGUUUGUGGAGCGAUCAGUUCCUUUCAUUCUCCAUUGACAAUCAGAUUGCAGAAAAGUAUGCUCAAGAGAUUGAACCAUUGAAGGAACAAACGAGGAAUUUACAACCAAAACUCAAACUGCAACGAUUUGUGCACUUCUGCACUUCAAUUUCGAUUGCUCAGACAUCAUGGUUUCAACAUCUCUCCUGGCAAAUUUUGUUGACUUUUGCGACCAAAUACUCUUAUUUCCGAUCGAUUUCGGUUGGAAAGCCUUGGACAGAAAUCACCUGAUCAUGAUCCUAACUAGGAUCUCCUUAAUUAAAAUUCCUGUAAGAAAUAAUCUUCAAGCGUACGCUAUGAAUCCACUUUCAUUGUUGAGAAAUCUUGUUAUAUGACAUUAAGUAAUUAAAUCAUGAAUCUUGUUAUGGGAAUCUUACUUUCCUUAUAAAUAGAGUCUCUUGUGAGUUGUGACUUAUUUUUCAGUGUAUGAAGUAAUCUGAGCCUUUUCCUCG